AUGUACCAUAUAAAUAUACAAAUUGUUAAAGAAGAUGGAAUCAGAGAAACACAAUAUUCUCCACAGAUACAGAGCGCAACAAAGUUAAGCCAGCACGCCGGCCAGAAAUACAAGAAACCCAACUCGAAAUACGGCAAGAAGCGCGGUAUCACGCACCGGAGCGGGGAGGCCGGGAGAGGGGCGUGGCUCCUCGGGGUCUCCCGGCUCCAGGGGGCCUCCGGACCCCGGAGAGGAACGGGCGGAGGGGGAAAGAAAUGUCGCCGAGUCGGGUGGAGGAGGGGGACGAAAAAGAGGAGCGAAGGACAUGGACGGCUCAGCUUUAGCCGCCUCCUCGUGUGCCUUGCUCGGGGACGCGUAGCUCCACGUUUCCUCCGCAGGUUCCACGCCUGGUGUGCUUUCCUGGGGGCGCGUAGCGUAGUGUGUCGGCACCGCCCGUGGAAGGUGGAACGAACCUUGUGCGGUCCGUCCGUCGGGCAUGGCCUGUUGGACGCCCAUACAGUGAGAGGAGAGGAGGACGGGCGCCUGAGCCCAGCCCAAGCGAGCGCAGGAGAAAUCCCCGAAUCGCAUCGCCUCCUCGUCCCCGCGGCGGACCGAAUCCUCCUCUGCUGCCGCCGGAGAUCAGGAGGAGGAGGAAGGGAGACCAGCGCGCGGCGGAGCUGGGCGCUCACUCAGAAAUGCCCUCCCACCACCGCUCGCUCUCACCCACUCGAGCUCACUCUCUCGUUCCCCUCUCACCCACCCGGCCACCCCUCUCUCGCUCCCCUCCAGAUCCCCGUCGUCGCCGGCCUCUCCUCGCCAUCGUCACCGCUGAGCCACCCCGCUUCCUCUCUUUCUCCGCACCACCGAGCCACCCCGUUUCCUCCCACCGCCAGAAAUCCACCACCCGUAGGUCAAAACCUUGAUUUUUUAGGCGCCGGCGAUGAGCUUCUGGCCGGCGGAGGCGCUGGAUCCGCGUGCUUCGACGCCGGCGACGAAGCGACAUGGAUCCGGGCGGGAUGCUGCUGGAGGACUUCGGGCUGUGGGUGGACCUGGUGCGGCGCAUCCGCGAGGUGCUGGCCAACUACCCGGAGGGCACCACCGCGCUGCGGGACGCCGGGAGCUCAUCCAGAACGCCGACGAUGCCGGGGCCUCGUGCGUCCGCCUCUGCCUCGACCGCCGCGCCCAUGGGUCCCGCUCGCUGCUCGCCCCCGCGCUUGCGCAGUGUACGCCAGCAACGACGCCGCCUUCACCGACGAAGAGUUCGCCAGCAUCCCCCGCAUCGGCGGCCGCAAGAAGUCCUCCCAGGCCUGGAAGACCGGCAGCAAGAUGGGCGCUAGCUACACUCUCUAUCGCUGCUGAGCUCUGCUUCGAGCUGCUGCUCUUUCAAUUUGAGCUGCGCUAGCUAAGCUCUUUCAAUCUGAACCAAUUGUUUUAAAGAAGGGCUAAUGAAAAAAGAUGUGUGAGGGUAUCAGUCAUUCUCAUGCCGGCAUGCUGCACUUUUCAGCUAGCAGAUGCAGAGCGAGUACUGGGCGAGGAGAUGAACCUAGGCGAGCAAAAUUGAGAACUCCGGCUGGAGCAGCUCCUGUCCAGCGGCGAGGACUUCAGCGGCAGCAGCACCUGUGCGUGGGGAGGAACAACACCUGGGCGCGUGCAGGCGGCAGCUCGCCUCCAACAGUGGGCGGCAGCAGAGCACCAGCUCGCCACCACCAGGGGCCGGCAGCAGAGCACCAGCUCGCCUCCACCAGCGGGCGGCAGCAGAGCACCACCUGGGCACGCGCGGGCCAGGAGGGGCCCCUGGGCGUGGGAGAGGAGGAGCGCCUGGGCAGGGGUGGAGGUGGAGGGCGGGGGAGGAGGCGGAGGUGGAAGGCGGGGAUGGAGGCGGAGGUGGAAGACGCCGAGGAAGAAGACGGGCUGAUUCAAAUUUUGAACUGGGGGCAUAAAGGUCCAUUUGCCCAUUUUCACCUGGUCGGAACAUAUUCCCCAGCGACUUACAUUUCGGAACGGAGGGAGUAGUGACUAUCUAUUUCAUAUCUUUAUUAGUCAUAUGUAUCCCCGAUCGUUUGCUCCAUCAGGGAUAACCAUAAAAUAAAGCAGAUGCAUGUUGGUUAUUGAAGAGACCCAGAGGAGCAACUUCUGAAUCUUAAAUAUGCCAAAAGCACAUUCAACAUUUAAAUAAUUGUGUUUACCUUUUGAUUACCACAGGGUGGGUACAGACUGGUCCUUCUGACCCGUGAUGAUAACUCAAGGUUGGGCAGCGGCGGCUGUGGUAGCAAACGGUGGUGGCGGCAGAAGGGGAGAUGAGAAGAAGGCGGCUCCAGGGUGCGACGUGGAGGCACUGCGCAAGUGCCUGGAAGAGAACAAGGGUGAUCGCGUCAAGUGCCAGGCCCACAUCGAUGCCUUCCGAUCCUCAUGUUCUGUCAGCCCCACCACCACCUCCGACCAACGUCCCAGCGUACAAAAGGAGACCUGAAACACUGGUGUUGUUACUGGGGUGGUUUUACAAGAAACCUUGUGGAAUAAUUAGGACUGCGCAAAUGGUCAUGUGAAAGAUAGGAUAAUUAGGAUUUAGACUAGCAGUUUUUUUCUUUUCUUUCUUUGUCACUGCUGUGUAUGGUAUAGUUUUCAAUUCCUUUGCUUUCUACCCCUCCGCUCCGAACAGAGCCUAAAAUGGUUCAGCGACUUUUACUUGCAACUAGUAGUUUAAAUUAUAACACGGGGAGUUGGUUA